AUGACAUCACGUUUGAUUGAUAGCGAUUCAAACUUGGAAAGAACUUUAUACAGAUCAAUCCGCCUGCAACGCUUGGCCCUCCUAAAUAACCUCUCCCUACUGGUCAGACCCGUUCACGUGACCGACAUAAUGACGUCAUAUAAGUUAUUACGUCACCUUGACGCAGACGUCAAUGUCAAGGUUAAAAAAUUUGUGAUCGACCUUGAGAGUGCGCGUGACGUCCAGCUGAUGUUGUUGCAGAUUCAACGAGUCGGUAUGAACAGAGAUUUGUAUCACUAUUGCAUCGGCGGACUGUGGAUGGACGAGAUUGAUCUAACGUAUUUUAUAUUCGGCGGGGCUAAUAUAACCGGGUUCAACUUGAUUCUAAACAACAACAACAACAUCAACAACAACAACAACAUUAACAACAACAUCAAAAAAUUCAGCAAAGAAAAUUUCAAAGGCGGAAGCGAUAUAGCCAUAAACAACAGCAGCAUCAACAUCUACAACAACAACAACAUCAACAACAACAACAUCCACAACAACAACAACGACAAAACAUUCAAAUGUGGGACUCAACGCCAAUCUGCAAACAUCAAAAUGACGUCAAGCCCAAUGAAGAAGAUAUCCCACUAA